GAAAAGCUAGACAUUGGCCAAAGUGUUGGAAGCAAUCGAGAAUUUGCCGGUCAAUUCACCACGCAACUGUGGUUAGGAGUUAACCGUGCUCAGGUAAAAAUUGUUUCAGAAAUUUGUUACUGACAGCUGGGUCCACAGAGACAGUUUCAUAGAGACACAUCACUUCCUGAAACUAGAACUGGGUUUUUUUCCCUCGCCGCCGCCGCCAUGGCUCUCGCCUUCCGGCCCUUCAGCCGUCGCAACCUCCUCCACCUCCUCCCCCACCCCACCCCGCUCUCCACCUCCGCCAGGCCUCCCGACCUGCGUGAGCUUCUCCGCAUCGAACGCAUCCUACACAACCCCACCGCUGCCGCUGCCGAACACCCUCAACCUCAAGAACACCGAGGAGCCGCCGCAGCCACAAGCCUGCCGCACCUCCUCCACCACACUGCCGGACUAACCGCUGCAGAGUCCACUUCCCUCCUCCGCCGCCUCCCGGGGACCCACACCCACCGCCGCCUGGGCCGACUCCUCCAAGAACUCGCCGGCCUGCGCCUGCCGGACCAGGAGAUCAAGGCCGCCAUCGCGUCCGACUCGGACGGGCUCCUCUCCAUGGAUCCCGGCGAGCCGUCCCGCCUCCUCGAGUUCCUGGCCGAGCUCCGGUGCCGGAAGGCCGUGAAGGACCAACUCCUCGCCCACGGCGCGCUCCGCGCCGCCGUCGCCGCCCGGCGGCGGGUGGAGCUCCUGCACGAGCGCGGGCUCACGCGGCGGGACGCGCUGAGUGUCCUCGCCGCCGAGCCGCGGGCGCUGCUGUAUUCCCCGGAGGAUGUGGAGCGGAAGGUGGAAUUCUUGGUGAAUACAAUGGGGUUCGAGGUCGGGUGGCUGAUUCAGUACCCGGAGUUCUUGGGGGUGAACCUCGAUAACUGGAUUGUCCCACGGCACAAUGUGGUGGAGCACCUGAGGUCGGUCGGCGGGCUUGGGGACCCUAUCGAGAUGAAGCACUAUGUGAGGCUCAGUCGCCGGAAAUUCUACAACAUGUUCGUCAAGCCGUACCCUGAGUGCGAGAGGAUAUUCGGGGGGCUGGUCAGGGAGAGGGAUGAGAUGUUGAGGCGGCGGCAUCCGACGGGGCUUUGGAAGCUCUUCAAGCCGGCGAAACAUGAGAGAACUCAUGAGGAUGCGAAGAACAUGAAGCUUCUCGUGGGAUCACUUCGUUAGGUAUGUUAUGAGGUGUAUCGAGAACCUCUCAAAAGGGAGGAACUGGAGGAAAUUCAGUGUGAAUUGUUGACAUCAACCUUUUGCUUCUCGGCAAUGUUUCGGUUGUUCAUACCAAAAGCGAACAAACCAGGAAUGUGCCCAAGAGGAUACCAAUUGGCUCGAAUGCUGAACUGGGUUGCCGCUGUAGUAUGGCUAGAGCACGCUAAUUCGGAUGAUUAUGAUAUUUUGGCUGCGCUGUAGCAGUGUCUAUUCUCACAGCAUACCUCCAGCAGGUUGUGAUUGAACCAAGAAGAGCCGGUUAAGCAUUUCAUCAUUAAGGAACUUGUCAAGGUGAGAAAAGUGUGGGUGGUAUUGUGAAAGGGUACUUGUUCAAUUGAGAUGCCUGUGUGCCAAUGAAAAAUAGCAGUUCACGUGAAUGGACAUGAAAUACAUUGGAUAUUCUCAAACAUGUCUUGGCAAGGCAUUCCACCACAGAUCGCAAGAUUAAUCUUGCCCUACCAACAAGAUUAGUUACAUCUUCCUCAAAUUGGACAUUAAGAAAGGUAUUAAAAAUGCACUUUUUUGAGGGAGUAAAUGAUUUACAUUGGACUUUUGUUAUAAUGGUUCAUCAUAAUACGCUUAUCAGUGCUGGUUUCAGUCGAGAGCAAAGUAGAUAACAGGUUCAGGAAAGCUGGCAGCUGAUGCAAGUAUUAUCGCAAGAUAUCAAUGAAUAGAUAGAACAGCAGCUCGUUGCAUAUUUUUUGAGGAAUUUGUGAGCAUUAGAACAUUCUGCUGAGAGGAUGUGUAUGCUAACUUAGUGCUUGUGUAUGCAUUGGGGUCAUUGGUUAGUUUACAGACCUUUGACUGCUUUUGAUUGUGCGUGGUAUGUAUUUUACCUUCUUAUGUAUUUUUGUUCCACGUUAGUAUGAGUUAUUCGUUGAUGCAUCUUACCAAAUUAACAAGUCUAUAAAUACUAUUGUAUUAUAGUUUGCCCUUAAUUGUCUUCAUUCAUCUUUUUCCGAUGCUCCCGGUUUAUUAGAUUGUGUUCUGCAAGAUAUAACUGGAGAGUGCUUUGUAGGGAACUGGGAGUACUUUACAAGAAUGCUAUAUUACUGGUAUAUCUUAUACCAUUGCCUUCUAUUAGAAAUUUGGACUUAGCUGAUUAUAUAUGCUUCUGUGGAAUAUAGCUGGAAAAAAGCUCACAGAAUGAAGAGAAAAGAACUUCAUGAGAGUACAGUUUUGGUCUUACCAUCAUUGAAAUCUAAAGAUAAUCCAUAGGAGUAGUUCUGGAAUUGGAAGGUUGGCCAAGAAGAAUAACAGACGACUGGACGCAGCUGUUAUGCUUCAAAGUUGGAAUCUUGAUGAGAAAUAGCUACAAAAUGGAGAUGCUUCUGGAAGAAGAGGUCAUCAAUCGAUAUUCUAGAUAUUCAGCAUGCAACAUGGUGAUCUCUCUCUCACACACACACUGUUUAAUGUGCGAUCACUUUAAUCUAUUAUUGAGGGUGAAGGAUUUAUAAAUGUCCGUGCUUUGUUUCCUUCUUUCUUUGCUAGAUCAUUUGUUCUUUUGUAAUUUUGUGUAACAGAAUUUGGAGUUUGUCAUUUAGUCCACCUAAUGUGUUCACACAUCGAGGAUGAAGGAUUUAUAAAUGUCCGUGCUUUUGUUUCCU